CCGUGACGGCGACUCGAGACGAGCCCCGCCCCGAGGGAUGACGACAACCAAUAGAAUGAGGUAGGAGGCGGAACUACGUGUGGUUUCAGCCAAUGAGCGGUGGGGGCGUGGCGCAGAGCUCGCGGCCUGGCACGGACGGCGGACGCGGCGCAGUUUGCAGCCCUGUGGAGCGGCCGUGGGCCCAUCCCAGCCUGGCACCAUGAACGUCUUCGACCGCAGCAUCAACUUUGAUGCUCUCUUCAAGUUCUCCCACAUCUCAGCCUCCACCCAGGAGCACCUGAAGAGGGUCUAUGGCAGCUUUGCCAUCUGCAUGUUCGUGGCAGCUGCGGGCGCCUACAUCAACGUGGUGACCCACCUUUUCCAGUUUGGGCUCCUGACUGGCCUGGGGGCACUGGGGCUGAUGGUUUGGCUCACAGUCACCCCUCACAGCCGUGAGACCGAGCAGAAGAGGCUGGGGAUGCUGGUUGGCUUUGCCUUCCUCACAGGCAUCAAUCUGGGACCCCUCCUGCAAAUGUGCAUCUCCAUCAACCCCAGCAUCAUCCCCACUGCCUUCCUGGGCACUGCCACCAUCUUCGCCUGCUUCUCUCUGAGCGCCCUGUACGCCCGGCGCCGCAGCUACCUCUACCUAGGAGGUUUCCUGCUCUCUGGCCUCACCCUGCUGCUUCUCUCCACUCUGAUUAACGCCUUUGUGAGAUCCACCUGGCUCUUCACGGCCAACCUGUACGUGGCUCUGAUGGUCAUGUGUGGCUUCGUGCUCUUCGACACGCAGCUCAUCAUUGAGAAGGCGGAGAGCGGGGACAAGGAUUACAUCUGGCACUGUGUUGAUCUCUUCCUGGACUUUGUCAACAUCUUCCGGGAGCUCCUGAUGAUCCUGGGCAUGUCCGAGAACAAGAAGAAGGAGAAGAAGUGAAGAGGCUCUGGGCCGAGGCAGAGCCACCCCUGUGUCCCCAUGUCCCCUCCUGUCCCUCUCUGUCAUUAAAGGGGCUGCGCUUUGCUGCCGAGGAAGCAGCCAGAAGCUUUUGCACCUCGUGGGUUUUUCUCUCCUUCAGCUUUUUUUUUUUUUUUUUUUUUUUUGAUUAAAAACCAGCCAAUUUGUGGAUCCUGCUGGAGUUUGGCUCCCCUUGGUUUUCCCCCAGCCUGUGACCCUUGGAGUGGUCACCCAUGUGUCCUCUUUCCUCCGAGGUUUGUCCCCAGCCCCACCCGGGGUGUUACCCUUCCCCAGGAGUCCGUGAGACCCCAGAACCAGCCCUUGGGGGGUUGUUGGUGGGACCCCCCCUCAGCCAAACUCAUUGGUGGAGCCUCCCCUUCAGCACCAGUGCCAAGAAAUGAACGUGUGCUGGGAGGGGGCCGUGGGGACGUGGCAUUCCCAGCGCUCCCAGUCCCGCCAUCUCUGCUCUUUGUACACCGGGAUGAUUCAAUAAAUCGCUCAGACUCCAAA